GGGCUGCAGCUCGACGGCGCUAAAACUGUGACUCGUGGAAGAUGAGAGCUCAGGACGGAGGCUCGGCGCUUCUCUAUCAAAGGGGGAUUCUGCCUUUAAGGAAGGGGCCGGAAGACCGACACGACUUUGCUAGCUUUGAAGAGAGGGACGGUGCCGCUUUCAACAGAUUUAACCCAUUUGCUUCCGCCCCUUCCAGCCGGUGCACUUUGGCCCCCUUGAGAGACGACGUGCCGCUGACCGACCCCUGCUGCGGUUGGCUGAGUGCGGCCACUUUAGCCGAGCGGCGACUGCAAGCGGAAAGUGGACAGGAGGAAGGAGAAGGGAUCUCAGCUCAGGCGACAGUUGGUGCUGUCCCCCUUCUGUCAAGUGAUGUUGCGCUUCAUAAAUUUGCAGCCACGGAUGAUGAAAACAGAGAGUGGAAUUCAAGAGCGGUGUCAGAAGCCUCGGUCAGAGCUCGGCUGGGAGGUUGGACAAGCCCAGUGAGAGUGUUCCCAGCGCCUCCCCGAUCUCCCUGCACACUUUCAAAAAGCAAGUUCUUUUUUACAGACUCUCAGCCAGCUACAGAGACUUUGAAAGAUUCUUCUUUGAAUGCCUGCCGGGAUAAGCUUGCUAAGAGAUACAUCUAUACCUCAGCCACUCAGAGGAGCUAUGAGGAUGUACCCUGGGAUUCAAAGCUACCUCCAAAGAUGAAUCCUCCUGAUAAAACGCUGGAAAUGAUGGCAGAUCCCGUUAGCCAGUGUUUUACUUUAAGGAGAUAUGAAGCCGAACCUGAAGUGUGGCAGAGCAUUGGCAGCGCAUGGGACAGAAUGCAACUAAGGACACCGAACACCGUCAGAAAACCAAUCACAUUCAUCUCUCCUUCUGUGAAAAGUCUUCAGAUCCCCCUGUAUAGCGGCUCUGUAGGUGGUGAGAACCUGGAUGAUAUAGACAACCCAGAAAAAGAGUUCAGCCCAUUCACUGUGCUUCGUACCACAAAGCCCAGAUACACAGAUACGGCACACCGCCCUAAUAUUCCUGGCUACACUGGCAGAGUUCUUAUUACAGCUUCAACUCCGGCAAAUUCGAAGCUCCCUAGCCCUCCGACCACAGCAGACACAUACAGAUACAUCAUAACGACUAGGAACCAGUCUCCAUACCGGCGCCUCGGAUAUUUCUCCAGAAUGGUUACCACUGUGACUCCAUGCAAUCCAUUCCGCCAGACGGAAAGGGAAGUUAUUUGAGGACUCACUCGCUGUUGGCAUAAAGAAUGAAACCUUUCUAGAAGUUCUGUAUUGGUUUAUGUUUAUGGGGGAAGAGGAAUGAACAAAUUUACUGAAUCUACCUGUGACAAGUCUGUCAUAUUCAAACUGUAAAUACUGAAUUAUGUCUCUUGCUGAUGCUGAUCAAAGCCAAAUUAGGGACAGUUACAUUCCCCUUAGGUGAAGUCUGAUGGUUAUUCAUUGAUGUAUGCUGUUCUGUUUUUCUGGGGUGCAACAAUUACUCAGUGGUUGAAGCUGGCCACAAGCUUGCCUCACAAGUUUUAGCCUUCAGCCUGGUCACUCCACUGGAUGGAGUUUGCAUGUUCUCUCAAUGUCUGUGCAAGUGUACCCCAGGGACUCCCUUUUCUUUUUAGAGACAUUCAGCUUAGAUUGACUGGCAACACUAAGUAAGUCCCUGAGUCAGUGUGGGUAUACAUAUGUAUAAAUGGUAUACAUAAUGGAGAACUGUUCGAAAAAGAGUCUUGCACAAGAUUUAGGCUCCAAUUCCUUCUAAUCAUUUAUUGAACCAGGAGGAUUCAGAAAUACGUGAACAUGUUCUUUUGACACGCAGCUGCUCUAUCCUAGAGAGAUGACAAGGGGUGUGGAAUCACAAAAACAACGUCUUUGGGUCUGAAUAAAUAAUAGGCAGAACAGUUAUUGAUAAUAGUUUGCUUAAUACCCAAAAUGCAAAAAUAUUUUCACCCACAUAGUAUUAAAUUCUUUUCCCACAGAAUGCAUUGUAUCUGUAGAAAUUCAUAAAACGUCUGAUGGAUAAAACAGGAGGGCAAUGAAAAUACAACAGCAUAUCGUGAUAAAAACUGCAAGUAGUUUAUCUAAAGACUCCUGUUUUUAAUCUGCUUCGACCAUAGAUGUAUGGAGUCUCCUGUGCAUGUCCCCAGCACCUUGUACAAGUCUGCCAUGCCUGGUGCAUCUCAAGCAAAUUCAUCUCAGCCGUGAAUAAACCCACUACCUGUUUUAGAAAGGCUAAAACUUUGCUCGCUGCAAUUCAUCCUCAAAUAAAAGAGAACACAUAAUUGGCUCAGAAACAUCUUAAGGAGGUAGCCCUCACAUAUUGAGAUUUUCAGAAGCAUCUGUAUGGUGAUUUUAAAUGUGCUUUUCUUAUGCUUUUCAACGUUAACCUACAAAAUAUAAGGAAAAGAUCCAGCAAUCCAUUUGUUUUGUUAAACGUUUCUCCUCCUGGCAGCAUUUGUUUUAGGUAUAAAGUCAUAUGAGAUUAAAAUCAAUACGCUGAAACACACCCUGUCACCAAUCAUGUAUCUUCUCUAAGCCUUUUGUAACAGUUUAUCUAUAAAAGGCCAUAAGGCACCAUUGGUUGAUAUCUAACACACCCAUUACUUGGAUUCAUAAUAAUCUUUAGCUCAAUACGUUGUAUUCUUAUUUAUCUUAUAAUGGGUUUAAUAAUCUUGUAAUGAUUAGGAUGGUAUAGGACAAGGAUGGGACCUAUCAAGGCCUUGACAACAAAGCAGAGACAUACAUAAGCCAUGCCCGUUUAUAUAGUAAAUGUCAAGGAACGAAGUCAGAGGGGGCAGCAGAUCAUGACUGACAGAACACACCUAGUCUCACUGAUAAGAAGAACGCUGCAUCAUGUCACUCCAGGAGAGCUGGGAACAUGUGUGCUUCCUUGUGAGGCUAACUAAAGAUUCAGAGGUGUAGGAACAUUUGGGAGAUCUAACUUGGCAUCCCUGGAGCAAGUGUACUGCUAAUGAUUUACUACCUGCCUUUGAAGCUUUUGGACCAGAGGCGACCCCAGGAGCUGCGGCUCAGGCAGACCUCCAGAGAGUGGUAAGCUAGAUGAAGAGUUGAUGGCCAGGGUUGAAGUAGUAAGAGAGAGAAGGUGAAAGACUGGAGGUAAAUGAAAUAUGUGGUACUUGGGGCACAGUAUGAGAAAGUGAUCAAUCCUCUCCAAUAGCAGAUAUGAACAGAAGACCUGUACUGUAUUACAAAGGCCCAUGGUGGUACUUUUCUUUCUAAAUUGUUUUGUCCUGUUUAUGCCUUAUACCUACCUACUCUAUAAAAAUAAAGAUUUUUGUUUGGAAA